AUGGGCCUGCAGGCUGAAGAUGGAUGCUGCAAUACUAGUGGAGAUAUAGCAGCAUUUCCAGUGAAGGAUAACAAAAUCAUCAUUAAUAUCUGGAAUUAUGUGGAUCGACUACAGAUGUAUAAGAUUCUCAUAACACAAACAAACAAAUAUUUUGUGCAUAUUGGAGCAAAUGAUACAGGCAACGUACUGUGGGCUCUCACCUUAACUUAUGGAAAGCUAUAUAAAACAGGUAGAUUUUCAGACCCUUCCAGUAACUCAGCAUAUGUUUACGAUGCUGGAUCGCCUGGCUAUAUAUCAGUCAAGAGUGGCUGGGGAGGUAUUAACUUCUUUGUGAUUGUUAUGAAUUUCCUUGCUGCAGUAGAAUCAAAGUUUUUGAAUGUACCACAUGAGAUAAUGCUAGCAUCUCGAGGGGAAAACAAGUCUGACUUCUGUUAUUCUGUAAAGGAAUGCAGGGCAUCAUACCCAGAAGCUAUGGAUGCAGCCGUAGAGUUUUAUCGGUAUUUACAGUCCACGAGGCCAGCUCUUGGCAGUGUUUCUGUUUAUAACACAAGUGAAGAUAGAGCAACCCAUCUAAUGUGGAAGGCCCAUCGGGCAGCUAUUGAUACUGGAUUACCAAAGUUCUCUAACAUGUCAUGGUACUCUUCAGUAUCUGAAAGAAACUUCACCGUGGACUUUCUAAACUUCAUGGAGUUUUGUGAGAACACAAUAUACCACUCAGAUUUUAAUUCUUCAAAAUCCUUUCUUUUGGGUUUCCCACGCAAGCUACUUAAAGAUGGAGAAAACAUAGCUUCAAACAAGAACUUCAGAACACGGGAAAAGGCAUUUCUUACUUUAGUAAAAUUUAUGCCUUAUCUAAAUAAAGUCACAGAUGGCUGGUUCUUUAUGGUUUGGAAGUCGACUGUGGAAUCUACAGAACUACGUUAUGCUUUGGGACGUUUUCUUAUUGAAACGCUACUGUUAAUGCCCCUUAAAGCAUAGACAAAAAUUAUUUCAUUACAUGUUGGAAAUUUUAAUUCCAUAUUAGAAUGCAAUUAAAUAUUAUAGUCAGUAUUUUA